ACAUGGCCUCAUAUUUUCUGUGGGUACACAGGGAGCUGAAGGACAGCUUUAGAUCUCCUUGCUAAAGCUGCGAUCAUAUUGUGAUCAGAUUUGUCUGUCAGCAAAGCCCACAAGUCUCACAGAGCUGGUGAUGCCCUGGAGGAUAGGGGAAUUUCCCACUGUCUCCUCCAGAAUCCCUUGCCACCACAUUUCUGGGGUUUCCUUUCCUUUUUGUGGCUCCUCUCCCAUGUUCCUGGGCCAGUUUCCUGCUCCAGAUCCACCUGUCCACGACCAUCACACCUUUUCUAACAGCACAGGAGGAAACUAUGAUUCCCAUGGAGCUGAGAAGGUCUCCUAGGGAAUAUCCUGAGCAAAACUCACUUUUGAGUUUUGCUCAGCCCCUGAAGGAGGUGCACCAAACAGGUACCACCAUCCCUCCACACAACAACCCCGCCUGAGCUUUCUAACGCCUAUGUCCAAGAACACAACACAACGGGAGAGAUGAACAAGGAAAGGAUUUCUCUGCAGACAUUCCCCCUGCACCCCUCAGCAACCCCCCUGCCAGCCACAACAGCAAAGCUUUGCAGCCUGAAAAAAAAAAGAAAAAAAAAAAAAAAAAAAAAAAGAAAAAAAAAAAAAAGAAAAAAGAAAAACCAGGAUGUCCUGUUUCUUUAUUCUAAGAGAGAGUUUCACCGCAGCCACUGUUCCCCUGUCAGCAGCAGGGACCGCCAGCCCUAAGACAUCAUCCAGCUCAGGGCGGACACCGUGCUCUGCUCCCAGCACCGCCAGCCCCCCAAAAGCGAUCGGGAUGUGUGAGGCAAACACGGGAGGACACCCGGGGUGGGAAGGGGGUGGUGCCGAGGGCGAGGAGGAGGAGGAGGAGGAAGAGGCGGCGAGGGCAGCCCCGGUGGUGGCUGCGGGCGGCCCGGAGUGCGCUGCUUCCCUGCGGGGGCGGUGGGAGCGCCGAGCCGGGCUGGGCUGAGCCGGGCUGUGCCGGGCGGAGCUCAGCAGAGCCGGGCUGGGCUGGGCUGGGCUGGGCUGGGCUGGGCUGGGCUGAGCUCAGCAGAGCCGGGCUGGGCUGGGCUGAGUCGGGCUGUGCCGGGCGGAGCUCAGCAGAGCCGGGCUGGGCUGGGCUGGGCUGUGCCGUGCCGUGCCGGGCGAAGCUCAGCAGAGCCGGGCUGAACCAAGCCGGGCUGUGCCAGUCUUAGCAGAGUCAGGCAGAGCCGAGCCGGGCUGUGCCGAGCGGGACCGAGCUCGAGCCAAGCCGAGCUGAACUGAGCCGAACCGGACUGAUCCGAGCCUAGCUGAGCCGAACCGGGCUGAUCCGAGCCGAGCUGAGCCGAAAGGGGCUGAUCCGAGCCGAGCCGCGCUGCGCGGGCAGCAGGAGGAAGGAGAAGAUCUCAUCAGCUCCAGGAUACAAGUGGAACAACAACCUGCUGCAACCUGGCCAUGCGCUGACAAAAAGUUGUUCUGAGUUUUGCAGCAGCCCCAGACUUUUGUACGAGGGGCUGAUGGAAACUCAUCACUCCACACUGCUGGGGAAGAGAGAAAACACUCAAGCAAAGGGCUGCAUCUUGUUUCCUCAAGUUUUCCUCUCUCCUUGGUGGUCUUGCCUCCUGUGUCCUUGAACAGAGAGGCACAUUUUGAAGUCAGCCUGGCCAGAGGAGCAGUUAUUCCUUCAGCUGAGAAAAGCCUUUCCCUGUCCACAACAGUGAUGAAAAGGAAAGCUCCUCCCAGAGACUGAACUUACCUGUCAGGAAAAUACCACUUACAGCAUUCAGGUUCUUGAUGUGACUCAACAUAAGUUACAGCAGAGGUUUAUCCCAAGCCAGGAAAGCUCUGAUUUGUGACUCCUGCACGUUCCCGACAGUCGGCGUGAAGUCAUCAGCGCUUGGAGCUGCCCUUGUGGGUUUUUCCAGCCCUGUGAUGAGUUCAGCUCCGUGGUCAAGCCGACAGCUGAGUUCCAGUACCUUGGGCACGUCCAGCAGCGCUGGCUCAGUCCGUGGAAGGAAGCCUGAGAGGCUCCAGCUGGAUGGAUAACUAGCGGCCGCGUCCCGCUGUCCGACGGAGAUAAGGCGCUGGUUAAAGCCGGGGGAAUUUUUAGACUCUCUCCAAGUGUGGCCUGUCUUUUGUUUGGCACAGGACUUGUCAUGUCUCCCUUCCUGCGUAUUGGCUUGUCCAACUACGACAGUGGCCCUUACCUGCCGUCCCAGGGGGAGGUGAUUAACCCCUACUGCGCCGUGAUGGUUAAAGAAGCCGUGGAGUCGGAGAAUGGCCAAGUGUACGUGCAGAAGAAGCCCACCAUGUACCCACCCUGGAACAGCACUUUUGAUGCCCACAUCAACAAUGGCCGGGUCAUGCACAUCGUGGUCAAGGACAAAAGUGCUGAAAUGGUCUCAGAGACCACAGUGGAGCUCAAGGUGCUGGCAGAGAGGUGCAAAAAGAGCAAUGGGAAGACAGAGAUAUGGCUAGAACUCAAGCCUCAAGGGCGAAUGCUGAUGAAUGCAAGAUACUUCCUGGAAAUAAGUGAUGCAAAGGACCUGGCUGACUGUGAGACUGAAGGCUUCUUCUCCUUGCACCAGCGCAGGGGAGCCAUCAAGCAGGCCAAAAUCCACAACGUCAAGUGCCACGAGUUCACAGCCACCUUCUUUCCACAACCCACCUUCUGCUCUGUGUGCCACGAGUUUGUCUGGGGUCUGAAUAAACAAGGCUAUCAAUGCAGACAAUGUAACGCUGCCAUUCAUAAGAAGUGCAUUGAUAAAGUCAUAGCCAAGUGUACAGGAUCAGCAAUCAACAGCAGAGAAACAAUGUUCCACAAGGAGAGGUUCAAGAUCGACAUGCCCCACCGCUUCAAAGUCUACAACUACAAGAGCCCCACCUUCUGUGAGCACUGUGGCACCCUCCUCUGGGGCCUGGCACGGCAGGGGCUGAAGUGUGACGAGUGUGGCAUGAACGUCCACCACAAGUGCCAGACAAAAGUAGCAAAUCUUUGUGGGGUGAACCAGAAACUAAUGGCUGAAGCUCUGGCAAUGAUAGAGAGCACUCAGCAGGCUCGCUGCCAGCGUGACAGUGAACAGAUCUCCAGGGAUGGACCUCUGGAAAUCGGCUUUCCUGUUCCUGUGAAGGAUGUGACACCACUUCAGGCCUUGCCAGCAUCUACAACAGGAAAAAAAGAGCCACAAGGCAUCUCCUGGGAGACUCCCGUGGAGAGCACCAUGAAGGGGGAGCCUCUCAUAGAGUCAGAUUUGGGAGAACAGUCCCAGGAGCAGCAGGAGCACCAAGUGCAGUUAAAACUGACCAUUGAAGAUUUUGUGCUGCACAAGAUGCUGGGGAAAGGCAGUUUUGGCAAGGUGUUCCUGGCCGAGCUGAAGAGCACAGACCAGUAUUUUGCAGUGAAAGCCCUGAAGAAGGACGUGGUGCUGAUGGACGAUGACGUUGAGUGUACGAUGGUGGAGAAGAGAGUCCUCUCCUUGGCCUGGGAGCACCCAUUCCUCACUCAUGUCUUCUGCACGUUCCAGACCAAGGAAAACCUCUUUUUUGUGAUGGAAUACCUCAAUGGAGGAGACCUCAUGUUCCAUAUCCAGAGCUGCCAUAAGUUUGACCUUCCCAGAGCAACGUUUUAUGCUGCUGAAAUCAUUUGUGGGCUCCAGUUCCUCCAUUCCAAGGGCAUAAUAUACAGAGACUUGAAGCUGGACAAUGUCCUCCUGGACAAUGAGGGGCACAUCAAAAUUGCUGACUUUGGGAUGUGCAAGGAGAACAUGUUUGGAGAUGCCAAGACAAGCACUUUCUGUGGCACUCCUGACUAUAUUGCCCCUGAGAUUCUGCUGGGGCAGAAGUACAACACCUCUGUUGACUGGUGGUCCUUUGGUGUCCUCCUGUAUGAGAUGCUCAUUGGGCAGUCCCCUUUCCACGGUCAAGAUGAGGAGGAGCUUUUCCAGUCCAUCCGCAUGGACAACCCCUUCUACCCUCGCUGGCUGGACAAGGAUGCAAAGGACAUUUUGGUGAAGCUUUUUGUGAGAGAGCCUGAGAGGAGGCUGGGGGCGAGAGGGAACAUCCGCCAGCACGCCUUUUUCCGGGAAAUCAACUGGGAAGCUUUAGAGGAGAGAAGGAUGGAGCCUCCUUUCAAACCUAGAGUGAAAUCUCCGAGUGACUGUAGCAACUUCGACAAGGAAUUCCUAAAUGAAAAACCCAGACUGUCCUGUGCUGACAGAGCAUUGAUUAACAGCAUGGACCAAAAUAUGUUCAGCAACUUCUCUUUUGUGAACCCUAAAAUGGAGAAAAUAUUUUCCUGAGACCUGCCUUACUGAAGGAAUUUUCUGUAAUGAUUUGAGUAGCACUUUGUCAACUGAAGACCGUGCAUGAUUAUUUUUAUCAAGAACCCUCCAGAAAGAAAGCACCUCAGUGAAAGUUUGUACCAUGCCUGGAGGCUUCUGAGUUAGACCAGUCCAUAGCAGAUGCCAGCCCACUCUUCAUUGAUGAUAAAGUUUCUUUGUGGAAUGUUUUGGUCUCUCUUCUCUCUCUUCCCAGUGUUCUUGAAGUUGAGAGAAACUGAAAAUGAGGAGGUGCCAAAACCUGUUCCCCACUACUUGUACACAGAGCCAACCUUACAGAGAUUUCUCUGUAAGGAAAAAUAAGUAUAUUUGAGCUUCUGGUGAUGUCAGUGCCCAUUUCUGCAACUCUGACCCAGACCCACCUUCUCCUGAAGGAAAAGUGGUUUGCUCAAGACCUGAGGGUAUCAGGGAAGACUCAGGUUGGUUGCUUUGGUAACCUCCACUUGUACACGUGCAGAAGUGCCAAAGUGUGCACAGCUUUGAAGAAGAAAUUUGCUCCCUGCACCCUUUAAAAAUGCUGUUCACAGGUGCUACAACUCAAUUUUUCUCCAUGGGACAAAAAGACUUUUUUCAGGUUCCCAUUCCACCAUCUGCCUAUCUCAAUGGAUCGCUACCAAAGGAAAUGCCAAGAUCAAUACAGGAGACCAGAGUUUUACACUUAGUGCCUGAGCAGGAAGGACGGGAAGUUGCAGAAUGCUUCAAGAACCCUAUUCUGAAGCUUUAAGUGUCUUCUCACACACCAGACUCAGGGCAGGAUCUCGAUGGGGUUCUCUGAUUUUUUAACCUAAAACCACAUGAGAAAAAUGAAACAUGUUUCCUCAAGCCAGUGUUUAAGCAUUGUAAAAGUGGCCUCCCUGUCACAGAAUUGGGUAUUUCACUUGAAAGGUACUAACUGGUCCUGCAAAGGCUGAUUUACUUUUUGUUUCUCUAAAUGAUGUCCCAGCUCUUUGGCACAGGUCAACGAGCUGCACACGAUGGUCACAGGGCAGGAGGCACAUCAGGUGAGGGUGGCCCUUACCUCCACCUUGUGAUAUUUUGCUUUGUGUUCUAUCCCAUUGCAGUCUGUGGGAAGGUAGGUGGGUUUGAAAAAAAAAAAAAGUCUUUUCUGUGAUCCUUUCAUCAUGGGAUCCUUUUAAAUAAAGGUGCACUGUUUUCUGAGAUUUGUGAAACCACCCAGUUACUGCUUGUCACUGAGAUACCCAGGAAAACCUGAGUCAAAAUCAAGUCAGAGCCUAAAAAGAAGAUUCUGUAACAACUUAGGCUUAGGCACUCACUCAAGUUGGUGUUGGGAUCUAUUUGAAGAACAUACAUUUGGAGCUUUGUUGCAUCAGCCUCCAGUCCAUGGUGAAGAAAAGCUCUAAAAGGUGAGUUAUCCCAAAAUCAGGUUCCCUUCAGAGCUGCUUUCCUGGUUCUGUUGGUCCAGGCUGUUAAUUUGGACCUCCCAACAGGAUGAAUGCAGCCUUGCAGGCAGUGCUGGGAUAUCACUGGCAGUGACUGCAGGCACAGAAUCUGGCAGGAGCAGGGGCUGAAGUGCCUGAAGUCAACAAGAAGAGCAGAACACCCUGAGAAAGGUUUCAGUCCAGUGACUGAUGAAAUCCUUGUUUGUGCUGUAUGAAAUGCAGGAGGGGGCAUCUGUGCUCGCAGUUUGUGGAGCUGGUCAUCAUGUUUAUGACAGUGGUUAACAUGAUUUUUGUAAAUGCCAAUGCUGUUUGUACAGUUUAAUAAAGUGUUGUGUAUA